AUGGUACCGACCGCCCGGGCACACCGGCUGGCCAAGCUGGUGGAGUACCUGGUGCCUGCCUUCCUGGGCAGGGACCCCACCUUCGUCCCCACCUUUCUCUGGAACUACAGAGCUUUCGCCACCACCCAACAGGUGUUGGACCUACUGUUGACAAGGUAUGGCUGCAUCUUCCCGUAUGCUGAAGAGGAUGGUGGGCCUGUGGACCAGCAGAAAAAGGCCAUCAUCUCCAUCCUGGGCAUGUGGCUGGACCAGUUCCCUCAGGACUUUUUCCAGCCCCCAGACUUUCCGGGCCUGGUGACGCUGCUGGCCUACCUGGAGCUCAAUUUCCCAGGCUCAGCCCUGGAGCGCCAGGCCCAGCUGCUCCUUUCAGAGCCGGAGCGCCGCGAGCCCACAGACGCGGAGGCGGAGGGUGAGGAGGACUCGGAGCCGGAGCGCCGCGAGCCCACAGACGCGGAGGGUGAGGAGGACUCGGAGCCGGAGAGCCGCGAGCCCACAGACGCGGAGGGUGAGGAGGACUCGGAGCCGGAGAGCCGCGAGCCCACAGACGCGGAGGGUGAGGAGGACUCGGAGCCGGAGCGCCGCGAGCCCACAGACGCGGAGGCAGAGGGUGAGGAGGACUCGGAGCCGGAGAGCCGCGAGCCCACAGACGCGGAGGGUGAGGAGGACUCGGAGCCGGAGAGCCGCGAGCCCACAGACGCGGAGUCAGAGGGUGAGGAGGACUCGGAGCCGGAGAGCCGCGAGCCCACAGACGCGGAGGGUGAGGAGGACUCGGAGCCGGAGAGCCGCGAGCCCACAGACGCGGAGGGUGAGGAGGACUCGGAGCCGGAGAGCCGCGAGCCCACAGACGCGGAGGGUGAGGAGGACUCGGAGCCGGAGCGCCGCGAGCCCACAGACGCGGAGGCAGAGGGUGAGGAGGACUCGGAGCCGGAGAGCCGCGAGCCCACAGACGCGGAGGGUGAGGAGGACUCGGAGCCGGAGAGCCGCGAGCCCACAGACGCGGAGGGUGAGGAGGACUCGGAGCCGGAGCGCCGCGAGCCCACAGACGCGGAGGGUGAGGAGGACUCGGAGCCGGAGCGCCGCGAGCCCACAGACGCGGAGGGUGAGGAGGACUCGGAGCCGGAGCGCCGCGAGCCCACAGACGCGGAGGGUGAGGAGGACUCGGAGCCGGAGCGCCGCGAGCCCACAGACGCGGAGGCGGAGGGUGAGGAGGACUCGGAGCCGGAGAGCCGCGAGCCCACAGACGCGGAGGGUGAGGAGGACUCGGAGCCGGAGCGCCGCGAGCCCACAGACGCGGAGGGUGAGGAGGACUCGGAGCCGGAGCGCCGCGAGCCCACAGACGCGGAGGCGGAGGGUGAGGAGGACUCGGAGCCGGAGAGCCGCGAGCCCACAGACGCGGAGGGUGAGGAGGACUCGGAGCCGGAGCGCCGCGAGCCCACAGACGCGGAGGCGGAGGGUGAGGAGGACUCGGAGCCGGAGCGCCGCGAGCCCACAGACGCGGAGGCGGAGGGUGAGGAGGACUCGGAGCCGGAGCGCCGCGAGCCCACAGACGCGGAGGCGGAGGGUGAGGAGGACUCGGAGCCGGAGCGCCGCGAGCCCACAGACGCGGAGGCGGAGGGUGAGGAGGACUCGGAGCCGGAGCGCCGCGAGCCCACAGACGCGGAGGCGGAGGGUGAGGAGGACUCGGAGCCGGAGAGCCGCGAGCCCACAGACGCGGAGGGUGAGGAGGACUCGGAGCCGGAGAGCCGCGAGCCCACAGACGCGGAGGCGGAGGAACCAGCUCCAGAGCCAGGUAAAAAAAGACCUCAGGAGGCAACGCCGACACCCGUGGCCUCUCCGGAGCCAGAGUGGGCUCCGGGCACAGCUUUCACUGACCUUGACGAGGCAGAAGAACCACCUGCAGCAUGUGGGCAACUCCCCUCAGCUCCUGCGACGCCCGUGGUCCCCGGUCCUGGGCCGCAGCCUGUGUAGCUGCCACGGCAGAGGGGGCUCCCCCUGCUGCUCACCCCUUUCAUUGCAGCUUUUACAUUUUUGUGUUUAUAUUAGAUAUACUUAAAUUUUUACUGUAGUUUCUGUAAUAUUCAGUUAAAAUAAAAUGUAUUUCAAAUAUAAUAUAAUAAAAUGUUAAUAAAAUUAUAUUUAAU